UCUACUUCGUGGUAGCCUUUGUCCGUUUCGUUUGGAAUAAUCUGCAUUUCCGUAUUAUCUGCGAACGAUCCCACCCCACCCUCCGAACGCAUCAGUCCAAGCAGAGUCAUCGCCAUCCUCGAAUACACACUUCAUCAUGUCGUUCCUCGGCGGGCCAGAAUGCAGCACCGGCGCGAAUCCUCUGGCCCAAUUCUCGAAACAGACGUCCGCCGAUACCUCGCUCCAGCGGGACCGCCUGGCAUCGCGGCAGCCACAACAGCUCAACGGCUUUCGCAGUGGCCAGCAGCUGCCAGAAGAUGCCGCGUUCCAAGACUUCGCCCAGCAGGGCCCACACAUGGGCGAGAUGCUCCCGAAUGAGGCCUUUCACCUCGAGCAGAUGCGUCGGGAGCAGGAGCACUUUGAACGGUCUGGUGGUGGCGGCGGAAACUCGAACUGGGCGGGAGAGUUUGCGCAGCAGCCGCCACACUUCGCACCUGAGGAGUUCGCGCAGCAACAGCGAGUAGGCGGUGGAGGUUUCAAUCCACAAGAGUUCGCGCAGUUCCGUCAGUCACAAAUGUCUCCCACCGGACGAACACAAAGCCCCAGCUUUCAGCAGCAAUCUGCAUACCGUCCACCCAUGUACAGCUCCGGCUUCGGCAUGCAGCGACCAAUGAUGGGAGGCUUUCAAUCACCCAUGUACAAUCAGCCGGCUCAGCAGCAAUAUGAGGGCAAAGGCAAAGGUCGCGUGCAAGAGCUUAGCGACACCGAUUGGGAGAAACAGUUUGAGGAGCUGUCGACGGCCGAUAAAGAGCAAGACUUGGAGCAGCUUGACAAGGAUGCUGAGAGCGCGAUCGAGAGAGAGUUGAACGACAUGGACAGGCAAAUACUCAACGACGACGAGCUUGCUGGUCAUUUCGGAGACGAGUACAACCAGUGGAAAGAUUUCGACGGCAUGGGCAACAACUUCGACAGUUUUCAGAACGAUUACAACACGCAACCAAAUCUCGGCAACUACAUGUUCGAAGAGAACAACCUCUUCAACGAUGUGCCAAACGCAUACGAGGAGGGUAUGAAGAUUAUGAACGAAGGUGGAAAUCUCAGCCUGGCAGCUCUCGCGUUCGAGGCCGCCGUGCAAAAGCAGGAAGAUUUUGUCGAGGCAUGGGUGGCGCUAGGACAGGCUCAGGCGCAGAAUGAGAAGGAGUCACCAGCCAUUCGUGCUCUGGAGCAGGCUAUCAAGCUUGAUCCGGGCAACGGCGAGGCACUCAUGGGUCUCGCAGUGUCAUACACGAACGAAGGAUACGACACGCUCGCAUAUCGGACAUUGGAGCGAUGGGUGGCGUCCAAAUACCCGCAGCUGGGCGUCACACCACGAGGAAUCGAUGCCGAGGAAGAGAUGGGCUUCACUGAUCGACACAUGUUGCACGAGAAGGUGACGAAUUACUUCCUCGAGGCGGCACAGCUGAACCCAGAAGGAGGGGACGUCGAUGUUGAUGUUCAAGUUGGGUUGGGUGUGCUCUUCUACGGUAGUGAGGACUACGACAAGGCGGUCGACUGCUUCACCGCUGCCCUCAACAGCCACCAACACGGCUCCAUGAAGAGGGAGGGUGAGGAACACCUUCUCUGGAACAGACUUGGUGCAACCCUGGCAAACAGCUCUCGCUCGGAAGAGGCCAUCGAAGCCUACUCUCGCGCUCUGGAGCUGCGUCCUAACUUUGUGCGCGCAAGAUACAACCUUGGUGUGUCUUGCAUCAACCUAGGGGUGCUGGAAGAAGCGGCCGGCCAUCUCCUGGGUGCUUUGUCCAUGCAUCGCGUGCAGGAGCAGGAAGGUCGAGCUAAGGCUGCCCAGAUCCUCAAGGAUGGUAAUGGCAACGACGCGGAUGAGAGAGCUGUCGACCACCUUCUUCAGCAGAACCAGAGCACGAACUUGUACGAUACUCUUCGACGGGUGUUCACGCAGAUGGAUCGUCGGGACCUCUCCACCAUGGUUGGGCCGGACAUGAACCUGGACGCGUUGCGAGGGCAAUUCGACUUCUAG